UCACACGAUAAAGAACAGGGGAAGAGCUUGGACCUGGUAUAAAAGAUCUGGAGAUCUCUGGGGGAUCACAUGGGACCUGAAACUGCCAGAAUGUUGACCUUGGCUCUUCUCGCCCUUCUCUGUGCGUCGGCCUCUGCCAAUGCCAUUCAGCCAAGGUCCUCCUCCUACAACGGAGAGUACGGAGGCGGUGGAGGGGAGCGAUUCUCCCAUUCUGGCAACCAGCUGGACGGCCCCAUCACCGCCCUGCGCGUCCGCGUUAACAAGUACUACAUCGUGGGUCUCCAGGUGCGCUACGGCAAGGAGUGGAGUGAUUAUGUGGGUGGCAAGCAGGGAGACCUGGAGGAAAUCUUCCUGCACCCUGGGGAGUCAAUAAUCCAGGUGUCUGGCAAGUACAAGUACUACCUGAGGAAGCUGGUCUUCGUGACUGACAAGGGCCGCUACCUGCCUUUCGGGAAAGACACAGGCACGAGUUUUAAUGCUGUCCCCCUGUACCCCAACACUGUGCUGCGUUUCAUUAGUGGCCGAUCUGGUUCCCUCAUCAACGCCAUUGGCCUGCACUGGGAUGUUUACCCCAGUGACUGCAGCAGCUGCUGAGCCCCAGCCUGCCCCAGAGAGGCGGGGGGACCUCCAUUCCUGCUAACCCCCAUCCGCAUGGCUCAAUAAAAGGAUGU